AAUAUGACCGCAUCCACCUCCUCAACUCCAUCUACAUCCACCAAAAUUCCGUCGUCAAGUAAGUCUUCAGUAACGAAGCAGACGAAGCAAAAGCGUAAUGAACGUGAACGAAAACGUGUUGAUCAAGUCAAUCAGGGAUUUGUUCUAUUGCAAGAAAGAGUACCAAAAGCUGCUGGAAACAAGGCAAAGUUGUCAAAGGUCGAAACCCUUCGUGAAGCCGCCCGUUACAUUCAAGAACUGCAGAAGCAACUCGGAAUGUCUUCCACAAGUUUCCAUAAUUCGAUGCCAGCUGACUUUCCAACUCCAGAACAGUCUCCCGUAUAUCCCCAAUCUGUUUGCUCAAUGAUGGCACAGACUCCAUCGCCAAGCUACACCUCUCCAUACUAUCCACCACCACAAAUGAUGUCCUCUAAUCAGCAUGAUAUGUCAUCUCACUAUUAUCAAGAAAGCUCAUCAUCUUCUGCAUCCACUUCUGGUGAUCAUCAUAGCUUUUAUUCGCAUACAGAAACUUAUUAAUCUGUUAAGUUGUACCAUAUUUUCUGUUUUUCUCAAAUAAUCGGGUGAUCCAAUUCCUUUACCGUUUCCUAUGUGUACUUGAUAAGGUUUAAUUGAAACAAUUUCAGUUGAGUAGGUGCUCAGUAUAUUUCAUUUCAAAAACUCUGAUAAUAGCCAUAAAUACUUACUUAUUAACUAUCUUUGAUUGUUUUUUACGUCUAGAUUAAAUUUGAUUUUCAUUAUUUAUUGUACGAUAGUUUUUUUGAUCUCAAAACAGUUGUUUAUCUAAAUUAUUCUGCUCAAUCUGUGCAAUAA